AAGGAGGGGCUUGUCCGUCCGCGACAGAGAGUAGAGAAGGGUCCCGUGGUGAGCGCUGCAGAGCCGUGUAGUUUGUGUCAGGACUCAGGUUUCAUUCUGAGAGAGACUCAAGCGCGCAGCAGUGAGACAAACCCGUCAGAUGGCACGACCGAGGCACACAGACUCCCACUAGAGCCGGAGCUCACUCUACCAUUAUCUCCAUGCACUUGAAUGAGCAGCAUGCCUCAGUUGAGGUCGUUUUGAAGAUUGAUAUUUUCACGUGAAAAGCGGUUUAAUUGUCUGAGAGGAGAACUUUAAUUGAUUUAUUUUGAGCAAGACCCUGUUCAGUCGUAGAUAAACAUCUUAUAUAGCCCACAUAAGUCUCACAGACAUGGAGGACAUGAAGUUGCGAGUAUCAGCUCAGUCCAGUCUGGAGAGGACCUGCGGUCAGCAUCCCUGCCAAAAGCGCCUUCUGACGAACUGGAGGGACGCGUGUGCAAUCUUCGUGUGUUUGAUCUCGUUUGGAGUUUGUGUGUUGCUCUACCUGAGGACGUCAGAUCUGCAAUCCAGGGUGCUCAGUUUGGAAAAGGACAGAGACCCCCGUGUCUCCAGUUGGAUCUCUCUGGAACAGGUGGAGCCUGUCCUGUGGAGUCGACUGGAUCAGAUACUAGAGGAGAAAUUAGCAGCACGUCUGCCGAAGAUCCGGGCGGCUCGGGAUGCACCUCACAGCUGCAACUGUCCACCAGGUCCUCCUGUAAGUAGAUGUUGGUCCCUUUGUUGACUGGAUUGUGGUAAUGUGACCCAAACUCUGUGGCUUUCUGUGUAUUUGUGUGUGUUUUGAGAGUGUGAAUUUAUUUUUCAUAUGUCACUACCGAUGGAGGGCUGAUUACACGACUUCAUUCACACAAUGGAAACUGUUGGUUUAGUUUCCUUCUGCCACACACAAAAAACACCCACACUGUCAUCUGUCAGAAAAAGAGCUUGUGUUUUGUACUCAAGGUGAAGUGUGCACAUUUUUGAUGUUGAGAUACUUUAUAAAAUCGAGUUUAAUGUGAAGAGAUUCUGCGAUUCCCAUUAAGCAUGGCUCUUUUUAAACAUUCUGAGCAGUA